UAAAACUCCCACAAUUUUUACACCACCAUUUAAAUUUUGACAUCGCGGAUCCGCCAUUUAUACUACAUCCCGCUGGCUCUCAACUCACGCAUCUGCUGGAUCGUAUCCACCUGAGUCAUAAACUCAAAGAGCCUCAGCUUAUUACUGACUGACACCAAACAAGCCGCCACCAUCCUUUUGACAGAGCCACGAACGGCCUUAAAACCAGCUCAUCAUGGAAUCGGGAGACAAUAUCCAGAACGCAAAUCCGACAAUCUUGGAUGUGUCUGAAAUAUCACGUCGAAGAGAAAAACGCAGGGUUCGAGAUUAUUCGGCCAAGAAACAUGGUAUAGAGAGCAUAUUGAUGGCGAAACCCAGCUAUGCAUUGGAUCCUUUUUAUCUGUCGGAUCUUUCAGAAGACUCCGAUGAUUCUGGCCUGGAGCCAAUAGAUGAACAAGAAAUAUAUGGUAAGAGUUUGAGUUUCUUUAUUCACUCGCUGCUAGAUUCUGUUCAAGGUUCUCGAUACAUCCUAGGAACCAUAGUAUAUAUCAUGUAGACACAAUACCAUUCUCCCAAAGGCAAAUAUUUCAAGCAAGCUUAUACCUCUCUAUUACGCAGUGUAUUUGGAACUUAAAAGAAUCAUCAAUAUGUGCCAGCUGUUUCCUCGAGUUUGUAUAGCUGACGUUUAAAGACUUGAUUGCGCCAAUCUCCGACCCUGAGCACCCUCUCUCAUUAGAGUCUCUUGGGGUAGUUAAACUUGAGGAUGUUCACCUUGUUUCACCUUCUGAUCUCACAAACCCAGCAGCGCUCUCUCGCGUACUAGUCGAAUUGACACCGACGGUUUCGCAUUGCUCCUUAGCAACUGUUAUUGGACUUGGCGUUCGAGUACGAUUGGAACAAGCCCUCCCGCCAAGUUACCGAGUCGAGGUCAAGAUCAAGAAGGAUACACACAGUCAGGCCGCUGAAGUCAACAAACAGCUAGCAGAUAAAGAGCGUGUUGCGGCCGCACUUGAGAAUGAUAAUCUCAUGAAUUUGUUGAGGAAGAUGAUGAAGACCUGUCUCGACGGUUAAUGAUAUGACCACCACAACGUUCAUAAAGUCUGUAGAAACUACUUUCGCGUGUCUAGGGAAUUAGUCAACAAAAAGGGCGCUGCCAUAAGAAAAGACAACUUCAUAGUUCCCUGGUGUUUCCCUCGAGUCAAACAGACCAAUCCCCUUGAUUGACCUACCAAGACGCUGUAUUACCAGAAACAAUAACAUAAGUUCAUACCAAAUACCAUAUUUCUUCCUUUCCGAAUGCAUGUGCGUGUGACACUAUACUAACCGCGGUACUCUGCCAGAAACUUCUAGCAGACCUCUCUGCAACAUGUUGAAUUUGUGUCGCGGAUCGAAUUGUUUCCCAAAGUUCAAUUGCUAGUGGCAUUUUCAUUG